UUCUCUUCGGUCAGUCCGUCAGAACGAAGUGGGGGGAAAGAAAUGACAGUCGCCAUUGGCGCGAAUCAUCGUCUCGCACCUUGCAUGUCUUUGUCUUUUUAGGGUUCUUCAGUUUUGGUCUCAGGGGGAAGCACCCGUCGGCGAAGCUUCUCUCUCGAGUACCAUGGGUUUCAAUUCGAAAUGGACGAGUUCUCUUGAAUCAAUUCUGGGAAUUUCAAUUGGAUCUGAACCAGUUUCCGAUAACAUUGUCAUCAUCCUGACGACUUCUCUUGCAGUGCUCGUUGGAAUCGUUUACUUUUUAGUGAGAAGAUCUUCUGGUCGUGAUAAACCGCCUAAGCCCUUCGUAGCUCCCAAUUCGGUAUCUAUUCACGAAGAGGACGAAGUCGAAGCUGAAGCAGGGAAGACUAAGGUUACGAUCUUCUUCGGUACUCAAACUGGUACUGCUGAGGGAUUCGCUAAGGCAUUGGCGGAGGAAGUCAAGGCUAGAUAUGAUAAAGCCGUUGUCAAAGUUGUUGACCUGGAUGAUUAUGCGGCUGAUGAUGAUCAAUACGAGGAUAAACUGAAAAAAGAGACGCUGGUUUUUCUCAUGGUUGCCACUUAUGGUGAUGGAGAGCCAACUGACAAUGCUGCAAGAUUCUAUAAAUGGUUUAGCGAGGGUCAAGAAAGGGGAACUUGGCUUCAGCAACUCACAUACGGUGUUUUUGGUUUGGGAAAUCGUCAAUAUGAACAUUUCAAUAAAAUUGGCAAAGUUUUGGAUGAGCAACUGAUCGAGCAGGGUGCAAAGCGUCUUGUUCCGCUUGGCCUUGGUGAUGAUGAUCAGUGCAUUGAGGACGACUUUGCUGCUUGGCGAGAAACAUUGUGGCCUGAAUUAGAUAAGUUACUACGGGAUGAGGAAGAUGUUAAUAUGGUGUCUACUACAUACACUGCGGCUGUUCCUGAAUAUCGGGUUGUGAUUCAUGAUCCUAGUGGUGCAGCCUUGGUGGAUAAACACUUAAAUUUGGCAAAUGAGGGUACUGCAUUUGACAUUCACCAUCCUUGCAGAGCCAAUGUUUCUGUUCGAAAGGAGCUUCAUAAACCUGAUUCGGACCGCUCAUGCAUCCAUCUGGAGUUUGACAUAUCAGGCACUGGACUCAAAUAUGAAACUGGAGACCAUGUCGGUGUUUAUGCUGAGAAUUGUGAUGAGACCAUUGAGGAAGCUGGAAAAUUGCUCGGUCAGCCUUUGGAUUUGUUGUUUUCAGUCCACUCGGACAAUGAAGAUGGUACACCCCUGCGAAGCUCAUUACCACCUCCUUUCCCUGGUCCAUGCACAUUACGUACUGCCCUAGCGCAUUAUGCAGAUCUCUUGAAUCCUCCUAGAAAGGCUAGUUUGGUUGCAUUGGCUGCACAUGCUUCUGAACCCAAUGAAGCAGAAAGACUAAAAUUUUUGUCAUCACCAGAGGGAAAGGAUGAGUAUGCACAAUGGGUUGUUGGGAGUCAGAGAAGUCUCCUAGAAGUAAUGGCUGAAUUUCCAUCAGCAAGACCUCCCCUGGGUGUUUUUUUUGCGGCUGUAGCCCCUCACUUACAGCCCCGUUAUUAUUCAAUAUCAUCCUCUCCAAGAUUCAUCCCCUCUAGAAUUCAUGUAACUUGUGCUUUGGUUUAUGGUCCGAGCCCCACUGGGAGGCUUCACAGGGGUGUGUGCUCUACAUGGAUGAAGCGUGCAGUUCCUCUGGAUGAAAGCAAUGACUGCAGUUGGGCCCCAAUUUUUGUUAGAUCAUCAAAUUUUAAGUUACCAGCGGAUCCUUCCAUCCCUAUUGUCAUGGUGGGGCCUGGUACUGGAUUGGCACCUUUCCGAGGAUUUCUUCAGGAGAGACUGGUUCUGAAGGAAGAGGGUGCUCAACUUGGCCAUGCUCUUCUCCUUUUUGGAUGUAGAAAUCGCAAAAUGGAUUUCAUCUAUGAGGAUGAGCUCAAUAAUUUUGUUGAUCAAGGUGCAUUGUCUGAGCUAAUUGUUGCAUUCUCACGUGAAGGACCAACAAAGGAAUAUGUUCAGCAUAAAAUGAUGGAUAGAGCAGCACACCUAUGGAAUCUAAUCUCCAGUGGUGGUUAUCUCUAUGUAUGUGGAGAUGCCAAGGGCAUGGCUAAAGAUGUCCACCGGACUUUGCAUACCAUAGUACAAGAACAGGAAAGUACAGAUCCAUCAAAGGUUGAGGCUGUAGUGAAGAAACUGCAGAUGGAAGGACGUUAUCUUAGAGAUGUCUGGUAAUUGUUCACAGUUGCCAUUGCAUUGGCUACCUGCUCUGUCCAGUCAAAAUAGGAAAUGUUGGAUGCAUCUUUCUUCUUCCAGCUCAAACCAGUUUAUGAGCCCCUUGCCGCUCCCAAGGGUUGUUUAGCUGACUGAUGAUGAAAACAGAAACUGGGUUUACUGGGCGGGCAUGUGUGUUCUCUUCUCAUGGUCAAACAGAAGGUUUAGUUUCUAGUUAACUGACUCAAUUCCAUUAAUUCAAAUGUCACUUUGCAAGGGUUAACCGAAAGGAAAAUGUCAUUUAGGAAACACAUGAGUUAACCUACAUACAGAACACUCAUAGGUCUCUCAGGUGUUCUGCUGGAUUGACUGAUGGUGAUGGAUUCUGGCCAGAAGUUGAUCGUCAAUGUAAGAUUAUAUACCGGAUUUACUUGUAAGGUAACAAUAGUAGCAUGUUGGCAACUGAGGAUGAUCAUCAGCUGUCGAAGUGAUGUUACAAAUUGAUCAAGUUUUCCAAUUAUCAAAAUUGUGUGUGCUGUUUCUGUUGUGCUA